CCACAAUAUUGACCUCGUAUUAUAACGCAAACAACCCAUCCAUGCGUGUAAAUACCAAAAUAUUAUGUCGUCCCAAUUUAGCAAAUUACGCACCCAAGAACAAUGCACGAUCUCCAAGUUCGUGCCAUUAUCAUUGUUGCCUCAAAGCAUAUAAUAACUCUCUCUCAAAUUCCAAACAUUGUGCCCUUAUGCACCUAUUCGCUAUGUCCUUACCAAACUGAAAACAUAUCUACCCUCCCAAAGGGUGGAUGCCCUUAUGCAUCUCUUAGCUAUGACCUUUCCAUGAUUCAAGCUUCCCAAAAGCAAUAUCGCCCCCAAGGCAUAUAUCUCUACACACUCCCAAAGUGUGUUCAACCUAGAGUGCCCCUUAUGGCCUCUAAAAUUCCAUGCAUGCUUCCCAAAAGCAAUAUCGCCCCCAAGGCAUAUAUCUCUACACACUCCCAAAGUGUGUUCAACCUAGAGUGCCCCUUAUGGCCUCUAAAAUUCCAUGCAUGCUUCCCAAAAGCAAUAUCGCCCCCAAGGCAUAUAUCUCUCC